AUGCCCAGACGCUUACGGCCUCUUCUUCCUAUCUCAUUGACAUUGCUUCUCGUAUUGCUACUCCACGCUGCUCAAAUUAACAGGCGGUUUGAGCCUGUUUUCCUCGAUUUCGAUCAAUUUAUAAACACACCGCCUUCACUACCAUCGACAGAAAUCAGCACUUCUGCACCUUUUGAGCUUUCUUAUCCCGAAUUGAAAAAGAAGCUCAUAGAACAAUUAAUGAGGCCCUAUAGAAGGUACGAAAGACCUACUGAGGGUACAUUGGAGCCGACUCGUGUGUACCUCUCCAUCAAAAUUCUUGCAAUUACCAGUGUCGAUGUUAUUAACAUGCAGUAUACGGCUGAUAUGAUCCUGACGCAAACGUGGGUCGAUCCAAGAUUGCAGUGGGAUCAUUUGCCUGAGUAUUCUAGCAUUGCGAAUAGCAUUCUCCUCACUUACAAGCGCAAUGACAUAUGGCUCCCCGACCUCUUUUUCCGAAAUGGGAAGGAGGGAUUUCUGUAUAAAAUGACAGUUCCCAACCACAAGAUUAGUGUCUCACCAAGUGGGAGGAUUUACUUUAGUCAGAAGAUCACAAUGAGAUUGGCUUGUGAGAUGCAUCUGCGAAAUUUCCCAAUGGAUCAGCAGGACUGUGAUAUGGAUAUUGGUAGCUAUGGUUACACAAUAGAUCAACUCAAAUUCAUAUGGAAUGAA